CUCUUCAGACGCGCGAUCCCCUUCUCCGCUUAAUUACCAGCGAGACUGAGACUCGGCCGGGGAUCCACAUGGCGAACCAGCUUCUUUCCACUGUUUCGUGCCACGACACCCUCCCGGAGGGCUAUGCCCGGCCCGAGUCCGACCGGCCUCGCCUCGCCGAGGUGGCCACCGACAGCAACAUCCCCCUCAUCGACCUCGCCUCGCCGGACAAGCUCCGCGUCAUCGCCGAGAUCGACCGGGCUUGCCGCACCUACGGUUUCUUCCAGGUCAUAAAUCAUGGAAUAUCAGAGGAGUUACUGGAGAAGGUGAUGGCCGUCGGGCUAGAGUUCUUCCGGCUCCCGCCGGAAGAGAAAGCGAAGCUCUACUCGGACGAGCCUUCCAAGAAAAUAAGGCUUUCCACAAGCUUCAACGUCCGCAAGGAGACGGUCCACAACUGGCGGGACUAUCUGCGCCUUCAUUGCCACCCGUUGGAGGAGUUCGUGCCCGACUGGCCUUCCAAUCCUGAAGCGUUCAAGGAGAUCAUCAGCACCUACUGCCGCGAAGUCCGGCUCCUGGGGCUCCGGCUCAUGGGCGCGAUCUCCCUCAGCCUGGGCCUCGAUGAAAACUACGUGGAGAAUGUGCUCGGCGAACAGGAGCAGCACAUGGCCGUCAACUACUACCCACGGUGCCCGGAACCCGAUCUCACCUACGGCCUGCCCAAGCACACCGACCCCAACGCACUCACCGUGCUCCUGCAGGACCCCAACGUCUCGGGCCUCCAGGUCCUCAAAGACGGCCAAUGGAUCGCCGUCGACCCCCGGCCCAACGCCCUCGUCAUCAACCUCGGCGACCAGCUGCAGUUUUUUACAGGCGCUGAGCAACGGCGCGUACAAGAGCGUGUGGCACCGGGCCGUGGUGAACGCGGCGCAGGAGCGCAUGUCGGUGGCAUCUUUCCUGUGCCCGUGCAACAGCGCCGUGAUCGGCCCCGCGGCGAAGCUCGUCGGCGACGGGGACGAGCCCGUGUACCGGAGCUACACCUACGACGAGUACUACAACAAGUUCUGGAGCAGGAACCUCGACCAGGAGCACUGCCUGGAGCUCUUCAGAGGCCAGAAGUAAUUCGUACGUGCCGUGCGCACGGACUUGCUUCGAGUAGCCCGCACGGGGUGCUUGCUUUGGUUAAGAUUUAUGGCGGAGCAUUAGCUAUUGCGCAUCUCUCCUAAGUUGUUUAAAAAUUUGAACGGGUUUUACGCGUUUCUCGAUCUUUGUCUUUUCUUGUAUCCAAGCAAUAAUCUAUAUGCUCGGAUGCAUAUAAUAAGUGUGACCUUAGACUAUAUGCCGGGGAAGAUUGGUCUAUCUAUAAGAAAUAUAAGCGUGGUCUUACGUGUUAUCACAUCAUGA